AUGGGCAGCGCCCACGUUGGGUUCGCAGAUGGUCGGGAGGCUGUCGUGGGAGUACGUGCCGAAGUAGAGAGAACUGUGAGUGUGCCAAGCUCAAUGGCUGGUGAAAGGUCCGGAAAGGAUGUGGAUAUGACUGGUACAGGAGACGAGAAAGAGAGCAGGAGAAUGAGAGGCAGCUGGGUCAGUCUCAGUCUCACGUUACCUGGCUUACGAGACGAUGACGCGAACUUGGUCUUCUUGGAAGAGAUGUUAAGGGAAGUUCUGGUUGCGCCUGCAUCUAGUACCACGAGUACAGGUAACAAUGUCAGCUCAGGUUCGGGAAGUCUACAGGAUACGCUUGUGAUAAAUUCCCGAUGGCACUGGCGCCUGCACAUCGACGUUGUGCUAAUCUCUCCACCAGAAGGCUCAGCAGCUGGCUCGUACCCUCUGCCAUUGCUCAGCAUGGCCAUCCACCUUGCGCUACGUAAUACCCGCAUCCCAAGGUUGAAGAGCGAAGGGGAAGAGGAUCCAUUGGCUGACGACGAUUGGGAGGCAAGUGUACACCUCUACACUAAACCAGGCAAAACCAGGAGUUUGGCAGGUGGUGUUCCACCAGUGACCCUUUUAGUUAUGGUUGCUGGUGACAAUGUUCUGUUCGAUCCCAGUGGGACGGAACUUUCAGUAGCCGACGGUGUCUUUGCUGUUAGUAUCACGAGGUUGCAAGCUGAGAGCUCGGAUGAAGUCAGGGUCCUGGCUGUACGAAUGCUGGAGACAAGUGCGAGAGACACCUUCAGGGGCGUGGCAAGGAGUGAUGGGGUAAAUGAGUGGGAUAUCGUGCCUGGCGUUUGGAGACCGAAGGUUGGUGGUGUGAAGAGAGGGACCUACAUGAGAGUCGUGAAAGAUGUUCUGGGUAGUGUUGGGAAAGAGGUCAUUGGAAGUUUGGAAGCCUUCGUGAUUCAGGCUGGUUGA